AUGGACACUCAAAAAGGUCGCUUAAGCGAUGAAAGUGCCAGUACAGAUGAAACUGUCACAACAAAUUCCAGUACACCACGUUUUAACGGUCAAAAUAGAUCAUCAAUUGAUAGUGAAUGGCAACUUAACAUGAUAAUAAAUCGAAAGGAUGGCUUACCAAAAAUCCGCAAAGAAAAGAAAGAUGAUAAAAAGCUUGGAUGGAAUCCUGGAGGAAGGGAAGUGAAACAGAAAAUCUCAUCACGAAUUGAUACCAACAUGGUGAAAUUGAAGCUUUUAGAUGCAACACGUAAGGCUAUUUUAGACAAAGCAAAGAAGGUGUUGGUAUCUUCAUAUGCACAAACUGAAUCAAAAACCAAAUUGUGUAAAGAUCAAUUUGUUGAUAAACAAGUUGAUUUGAUAAAUCACGUCAAUCGUUCAACUGAAACUGAGAUUCAGUACGUUGCUGUCAAGUCAAAAGAUGGAUCACUUAUCAUAACGUCUACAUGUGCAGUAAAUACUGAUAAGAUUCCGUCGCAAGAAGUUGCAACUCAAACAAAAAUGCCAAGAUCAAACAUCUCAUUCAAGAAUAUUAUUGAUCCUAAGCAAAAGAUUCAUUACACUUAUGAAGAAAAUUCUGAAAAUGAAGAGCAACCAAAUAAUCUCAACAAAGAGUUGGCCAAAAUUGCAAUGCGUCUUGAUGAUGACAAGAAAUUUCCUCAACAUUUUGCUUCAUCACAGAUAAACCAACUUGAUGUGAUGGAUCUUGUUAAUAAAGAUGUUUAUGAUGCUAUUGAUAUUGAAACUUUUCCUACUGAAGCUUCUUGUGAUACUCCAGAAGUUUUAGAUUAUGAAGUUGAUGACAUUGUGCAUGAUUUCCAACCAGAUGUUGUCAAAGGCAACAUAAAGCGAGACAAACGACCCAGUAGUGUAACAGUUAAUUCUUGGCAUGAUCUUGAAUUCCCAGACGAAAAUGUUGAACUCCCCCGAAACUAUUUUACUGAAGGUCCAACUCCUUGGUCAAAUUUUCAUGAUCUCAUGUUAGGUCAACGCUUCUUAAACGCUCGUCUAUCGCCACUUCCCAGUCGACACCAACAAUCAAAUGUCAAUCAAGUUAUUUGGAAUGAUUCUCAGGUCAGAAUUGUUUCCGAUUUGAUACAGGAAGCAAAAGCUUUGAUGGAUAUGUUCGAUCAAGUCGCCAUGCUUUUAGGGCCGGACAUAAAGUUACAUUAUGUGUCAGAGGUUGAAGAUUUUGAACUCCCUCCAAGUAAAUACAGCGGUGAAAUGAUGAAAACGUGUGAAAAGCUUGAAGCUUCUUUAAAACAUCUACAAAAUAUAAAAGAAUCUGGAAGAACAGAGAUUUUAAAUUAA